CAGUGUGAUGUGAUACAGCAGUGUACCUGGCGCUCACUGUGAAGCCGCAACCCUGCAGUACUUUUUAUAAAUGCCGAAUGAACUAUACACUGAUCAUAAGGACGAUUAUGCUGGUACUGGUAAAUUUGAGUGUGCUUGCAGCUGUCACUGUCGGGAUUGGUGGUAGCGAGGCAAGAACUCGUUAUUUCCGCUGUGGUGGUCAAGCAAGUCUUCAAGUUGAUCAAUUUAUCUCCUUCAGAUCUCCCAAUCAUCCCUUACAAUACCCAAGGCCUUCACAGUGUAUAUGGAGUGUUACAGCACCGGCAAACACCGAUCUUAAGGUAACUUGUCCUACCUUCGCUGUAAAGCCAAGUGCUGGUUGCCAAGAUGACGUAUUCUACGUCUUUUCCAGUGCCAUUAUUAACGAGGCCAUCAGCAGCAAGUAUUACUGUGGAACGGGAAGCCUAAAUAUUCUCAUACAUAACAACAGUUUUGCUGCAGUGUUCCUUUCCAAGUACAUGCAGUAUGCUACCUAUUACACAGGUUUUCGCUGUACUGUCAGUGUAGUAAAGAAGACAGUUACCUCAUCUACCACCUCUACUGUUGCGCUGAGGACGACAGCAGCUCCCAGUGAAAUUUCUUCAGUGUGUGGAGUGAAGGGGACCUCUCGGAUUGUUGGAGGUGAAGAUGCUGAUGUGAACGAGUGGCCAUGGCAAGCAGGAAUCCGUCAAAUGUCUAAUGGAGAACUAUUCUGCGGUGCAGUCCUCAUAGACACUCAGUGGCUGGUGACAGCCGCGCACUGUCUUGUGCCAUUCAAUAUAGAAGACAUCUUCAUAAGCUUGGGAAAUCACGAACUAGCUUUGGGAAACACAACGCCAUACACAAGACUCUUGAGCAUAGCUGAAAAGAUUGUGCAUGAAAAUUACAAUCCUUUUACCGUGGACAACGACAUUGGUUUAAUACGCCUAAGUGGACCCAUUCAGUACAAUGAAGGUGUGAGACCCAUCUGUCUACCGUGUCAAUAUGCAUCGUACAACCUGAGUGGGGAACAUGGCACCGUGACUGGGUGGGGGACACUUAGCAAUAAUGGAGAGCAGAGUGCAGUGUUGCAGAAGGUGGAGCUGCCAAUACUGACAACUGAUGAAUGUCAGGUCUAUAUGGGCAAUACUGUGACAGAUAAUAUGAUAUGCACGUACCUGCCAGGUCAAGAUGCUUGUAAAGGGGAUUCUGGGGGCCCACUAAGCUGGUCCAUGGGAGAUCACUACUACCUGCUAGGAGUGGUGUCCUUUGGUGUAGGAUGUGCCUCAGAGCAAUACCCAGGAGUCUACACUAAAGUUACAAACUAUCUACAGUGGAUAAAGAACAAGACAGCCAUCAACCUCUGUCCUCAAGAAUCCAAAAUAUUUAGUGAAAUAAAUAUACCAUUAUAGGAAUGAUGAACAUCAUGUAACUGCUGAACUUGGAACAUCACGAAGCAACUGAACCUUGAACAUCACGAAGCAACUGAACUCUGUACAUCAUGAAGCUACUGAACUCUGUAUAUCACAAAGCUACUGAACUCUGUACAUCAUGAAGCUACUGAACUCUGUAUAUCACAAAGCUACUGAACUCUGUACAUCAUGAAGCUACUGAACUCUGUAUAUCACGAAGCUACUAAAUUCUGUACUUCAUGAAACUAUUGAACUCUGAACAUCAUGAAGCUACUGAACUCUGUACAUCACGAAGCUACUGAACUCUGUACAUCAUGAAACUACUGAAUUCUGUACAUCACGAAACUAAUGAACUCUGUACAUCAUUAAGCUACUAAAGCUAUGGGACUUUAUUACAUUUAUGGAGAAGUGCUGCACCUAUAGGGGUCAAACAGCAUCUGAGGAAUGAAAGGCAAUUGGAUGAUCCAAGGGAAGGAUAGCUCCAGUUCAUCAAAUCAAGAGCCUCUCAGAGGCAUUACUUGAACUCCUACUGUGCCACUAAGUGCUGGAUUCCAACUCCAGGGUCCUCACUUCAGGUGUUACUUCUAGGCUCGUUAUGUUAUCAUCAAUUUAACCAAGAUGAUUUUAAUUCAAUUUAAAAUAAACAAUGAUCUACUAGCCUCGAUUUUGUUGACUGCUUGAAUUAAAAACAAAAGAGCAUUGUUUUUAA